CUCGGGGUACCUGUCGACGUUGCCGAACAGUUAAUUACGUUUCUGUCGCAUCGUGUUUCCGAAAUAGCGUUUUGUGUUUCUCGGAGAAACGUGAAUUCGCAACGGAGGAUCCGCUAAAUACAAGAAGAUGCCCAAGCUCAUGAAGAAUUCUGGGCCGUUACUGGAGAAGCAGAUCGGCUGCAUCAAGUUCACGAUCUUUUGCUUAAACGCAGUAAUAUGGAUCCUGGGUUGUGCGAUGUUUGGAUUGUCGAUAUGGAUGCGAUUUGAACCGAUGUUUGAAGAAUGGGUGGAGUUUCUGAACAUGUACGAGUUCUACAUCGGGAUUUAUGUGUUGGUCUCCACUUCCGUGAUCGUUAUGGCCAUUGCUUUCAUCGGUUGCGCCGCUGUACUUAUGGAGCACAUAUUGACUCUAUUUAUCCACGUGGGUCUUCAAGUACUAUGUUUCAUCUGCGGACUAGCAGGAGCUGCUGUAAUCCUCGACUACUCAACGUAUGAUAGCAAGAUUCAACCGAUCAUCGAGCGAGCCAUGUAUCAACUCAUUAGCAACUCCCACCACGACACUGCGAGUUUCAUCCUCAGAGUAAUUCAGGAAACUGUUGCAUGCUGCGGGGCAGAGGGUGCCAGAGAUUACACGCAGAUGCGUAAGCCAUUACCCACCGAAUGCCGAGAUACAGUUACCGGAAAUGCCUUCCAUCACGGUUGCGUCGAUGAACUGACCUGGUUCCUGGAAGCGAGAUCAGGGUGGCUUGCUGGAUUGGCGAUGGCAUUGUGCAUGCUUCAUGUGAUCAUAGCUGUAUUGACGCUGACGCUUAUACGAGCGAUCAAGAAGGAGGAGGAAUCGAUUCAAACGUUUAAACGUUAGAUGUUAAUUCGUUAUUAAAGACACAACACAGUGACAAAUCAUAAUUAUUGCAUAAAUAUAAUUAUUGUUUUUUGUAAGAAAAUAGAAAAUUGCAAAUUUAUUAUUGAAUUACAUUUAUCCUAAGAAUGAUAUUCACGACACGUACAAUAUACUUUGACAUCCUUUCAGAACUUUGAACCGAAAUUUGAUUUGUUUUUAAACAGAACACAUAUAAACAUUUAUGUCAUUAUUUAAUAAAAAAGUUUAAUUAUCAUCAUAAAUAUAAUG